AUGUUAUCAAGAGCAAAAAAACAAAAGGAAAACGAGGAAUUGCCUACAAAAGGGCUUAUUAAAUUUACCAAAAAUGUUAACCAAAUUUCAUUAAAUGAAAAAUUACAAGGCAAAGAAAACAACAAGAUUAAUCGUGUAAAUUUUGAAGACCGUAUGGAACAAAUAAAUGCUGAAGUGCUGCGAAUUGCAAAACGUGUUGCUUUAGCACCGAAAGCUACUGUUAACAUUAAUACACAAUCCGUUGAGACAAAUUCCAUUGCCAAGAAAAAUAAUGAAACAGAAAAUCGACAGAAAUCAUUAAUUGUGAAAAAAAUCUUGAGUACUGUUAAUAGUAGAGUCGUUGAUAAAUCAACAAAGUUACAACUUAUUGAUAAUCUUCCAAAAAAAGAAGAGACCAAAGUAUGGUGUUUAGAUGAUUUUGAAAUGGGAGACUCUCUUGGUGAAGGACGAUUUGGUCGCGUUUAUAUGGCAAGGGAAAAGACAAGCAUGAAGGUUGUGGCCAUCAAAGUAAUAUUCAAAAAGGAGAUUCGAGAAAAUAAUAUGGUGGAACAAUUGAGACGUGAAGUGGAGAUUCAGUCACAUUUAAGACAUCCCAACAUAUUACGCUUAUAUGGAUAUUUCCACGACAAAGAUCGCGUGUUUUUGGUUUUAGAAUUUGCUGAGAAUGGAGAAUUGUAUAAACGUCUUCAAAAUUAUGGACCUUUUACAGAACGCCAAACAGCAUGUUAUAUAUCUCAGAUCGCAGUUGCUCUUAGCUACCUACAAAAGAAAAAAGUCAUUCAUCGAGAUAUGAAGCCAGAAAAUCUUUUGUUGUCAAAUAAUGAUAUAGUAAAGGUUUCUGAUUUUGGAUGGGCAAUUCAUACAUCAGGUUUAAACCAAAGACGUACGACAUUCUGUGGUACACCUGAUUACCUGGCACCUGAGAUGAUCAUCGAGAACUUAGGUUAUGAUCAAAAAAUUGAUUCAUGGGCUCUUGGGGUGCUAUGUUACGAAUUUUUAGUUGGGAAACCCCCUUUUAUGGUUGAGGAUAUAGGUGAAACUUACAAAAAAAUUGCUACAGUAGACUAUAAAAUACCAAAUCAAAUUUCUCCAGAAGCCAAAAAUUUCAUUUCAUCAUUAUUACAAUCUGAUCCUGAGAAACGCUUGCCUCUCGAUCGUAUCGCAAUUCACCCAUGGAUUUUGAAGAACAAGUAA